UCUCCCUGUCUUCCGGGCUCCCCUGCUGACGGCGGCGGCGGCGGCGGCGGCGGCGGCGGCGGAGAAAAUGACUUCGACAGAGGAUGGCAGUGUUGUGGUUUUUGGCAGUGGACUCAUCGGGCGCAGCUGGGCCAUGCUGUUUGCCAGUGGAGGCUUCAAGGUGAAACUUUACGAUAUUGGACAACAGCAGAUAACCACUGCCCUGGAGAAUAUUGGGAAACAGAUGCAGGAGCUGGAACGCAGUGGCAUGCUGAAGGGAAGUCUGAGUGCCCAGAAGCAGCUGUCGCUCAUCAGUGGUUGUUCUGAUAUAGAAGCAGCAGUAGAGGGCGCCAUCCACAUACAGGAAUGCAUUCCGGAAAACCUAGACUUGAAAAAGAAAGUGUUUGCUCAGUUAGAUCUGGUUGUGGAUGAUAACAUCAUCAUAAGCAGCUCGAGUUCCUGCCUUUUGCCUUCAAAGAUGUUCACCGGACUGAAACAUGUGAAGCAGUGUAUUGUGGCCCAUCCUGUCAACCCACCGUAUCACAUCCCGCUGGUCGAAUUGGUUCCCCACCCGGAGACGGCCCCCUCCACAGUGGAGAGGACACACGCCCUGAUGAGGAGGAUCGGACAGUCACCGGUGAGGAUUGCCAGGGAAAUCGAUGGAUUCGUCUUGAACCGGCUCCAGUACGCCAUCAUCGGGGAAGCAUGGAGGCUCGUGGAUGAAGGAAUAGUGUCACCAUCCGACCUCGACACCGUGAUGUCUCAUGGCCUGGGGAUGCGCUACGCGUUCCUAGGGCCCCUGGAAACCAUGCACCUCAACUCACAAGGAAUGUUGAGCUAUUGUGAGCAGUAUAGUGAAGGCAUGAAGCGUGUCCUGAAAACAUUUGGACCUGUUCCAGAGUUUUCAGGAGAAACUGUACAGAAAAUUCAUCAGGCCCUGUGCGAAAACACCCCUGCAGACCCCGAGCACCUGGACGCCAGGCGGCAAUGGAGAGAUGAGUGCCUGAUGGAGCUGGCCAAGCUGAAAGCCAAGAGACAGACCCAAUGAAGGGCCGGGGACAUGGCCCGGAUCCCUGGAGCCCCUGUCUCUCUGUCUGCAAACCGUGCCCGAUUCCAUAGUUUAACACUCAGCCAUCAUGAUCAUCUGUCAACUCAGCUCUCUGGGAGCGUGUCCCCGGAGACCCUUGGAAAGGAAAAGCCGCACUGUAGUGAUGAGGCCUCGUGCCCAGCCGGGUCUCCAACACCGUGCUGCCCUCUGUUCUCAGAUGCGUGUUGCCAAAAGAACAUCCUCUGAUUCUUUAAAAGCAUCCAAUCCAAACCAUGGAGGGAAAAUCUACAUCCAGGCCAAGCUGAGUGUGUGUGGCAGCGUGGGAUGGGCCUUCCAGGCUCUCAGAACAGGAAGCAGGAGGUCUGAGCCAUCCUGACUUUCCAAGGCCUGGGGUUGGGGGGAGGAGGCACCUGUUUUUUGGGCUAGGGGAGGGGGUGGUAUGGGGAUAGGGUCGGGGGGGAAGGAGGGACUCCUGUGCCUUGGAUUUGCAGGGGAAUAUGGAUCCAGGGAGCCCAGGGCCCUGGGACUCCUGGCAACAAAGCCCAUUUCCAGAUACCUUUGAUCCAUUUUGAAAACUGCCAUUGUAUAUUGUAACAUAGCAGACCUAAUUAUAUCUUAGUUUGAUUGAAAUCUUAUUUAAUACAUCAGAUGGUUUAUUUCUUCAUAAUGGGCUUGGUUUUCUCAUACCAGAAAGGCACGAGUUCACCUUUGUGAGGUGUUCUUAUUGCAUGGACCCAGAGAAGGGAGGCUUUCUCCUCCCAGCCCACAGUCCCUCAGCUCACCUCACCCAGCUUCCCACAUGCUAGGCUCAGGGAGACUGGCUGGGCUGUUCUGAAGCCUUUUCUAAUAAAGAUUAAUUUCUGUGAAGAA